AUGCCCAAAGCCAGCACGUCCUCCGCCUCUCUGCCUAUCUCCGGUCUCUUUGGUCUUAAUAAGCCAUCGGGUCCUACAUCCAUGCACAUCGUGAAUCAGCUGAAAAUUGUCAUGUCGAGAUCACCGCUCUUCUUCGAGCCGGAGAAGGUGGAAGCGGGGAAAGGCAAACAGAAGGGCAGGAGGAGGCGUGGAAAGGAUAUGUUGAAGAUUGGCCAGGGAGGGACGCUCGAUCCUUUAGCGGAUGGUGUGCUCGUCAUCGGGGUAGGUAAAGCGACUAAGAAAUUGAAUGAUUUCUUGGAUUGUGCGAAGGAGUAUACCGCAACUUGCUUGUUAGGUUGUGAGACUGACUCGUACGAUAGUGAAGGCGUACGGGUUCGUACUGCGCCUUGGCGACAUGUGACCAAGGAAGCCGUAGAGCAGACCUUAUCGCAAUUUACUGGAGAGAUCGAACAGACACCCCCAAUCUUCUCCGCCCUGAAAAUGGAUGGGAUGCCAUUGUACGAUUAUGCACGUAAAGGCAUUCCGCUUCCUCGCCCCAUCGAGAAACGCAAAAUCACAGUCCACUCUCUGGAGUUGAUCGAAUGGAAAGGCCAAGACCAUCCUUACCGCUGGCCCGAGAAGAAGUUCACAGGCGAACAGCAAAAGGCCCUGGAAAAGAUGCUUUCCGGCGUUAAGAAGGAGGUCAAAGUCGAGGACCAGGGCGAAGACGUAGGAGAGAACGAAGUUCCGAACGCUUUUGUGUUGAAGAUGAAGGUCUCCGGUGGUACGUAUGUCAGAUCCAUCGUGCACGAUUUGGGUCACGCCCUAGGCUCGGCGGGCCACGUCGUCACCCUCACCCGUUUGAGGCAGAAGAACUAUGUGUUGGACGGAGCAACGCCGGAAGAGGGCGACCAUAAGUGUGUGGAGUGGGAGAUAAUUGAGAAAGCGUUGGACGAUGAAGGCGAACGCGACGCAGAUGGAAGGACACUGUGGGAGAGAGAAGUUCUAGAUAAAAUCGCAGUAGUAGAAAGUAACGAAGCGAAGAAUUAG